AUGUCCCUUUGGCAGAAAAAAACCGCCACGAUCGUUCGCAAAAGCAAGGAUCCUGUGGUUGGGAACGAGCAAACAUCCUCCGGGUUUUGGAAAAGGAUUGCUGAUUACUUUGCAGCAAGUCCUCUUGUUGCUGGCCUUGAAGAGAGAGAGCCAACACACUGCAAGCAACGAUGGCAUAGGAUCAAUGACCUCGUCUCCAAGUUCUGUGGAGCGUAUGAAGCGGCUACUAGGGAAAAAACAAGCGGCCAGAAUGAAAACGACGUUGUGAAGCUAGCUCAUCAGAUAUUUUACAACAACUACCAGAAGAGAUUUACACUAGAACACGCUUGGAAGGAGCUAAGGCACGACCAGAAGUGGUGCGAGUUGGCUACUGCAAAAAAGGAAGGGAGCUUGAAGAAGAGGAAGUGUCAGGACGGUGGAGAUUCAGAGACUUCUCCACCAACUGAGAACAAGCGUCCUCCUGGUUUGAAAGCCGCAAAGAAAAGGUCUAACAGGGCGGUGAUAGGGGAAGAUGAUCUUAACAAGUUUCAGUCUAUGUGGACAAUGAGACAGGCAGACUUGGCAGUGAAAGAAAGGUUGUCUCAGCUUACUCUGCUUAACAGUCUCAUUGGAAAAAAAGAACCCCUUGCCGAGUAUGAAGAAACCCUCAAGCUGAAGCUGAUAAAUGCUUUGUGGUGA